UAUGUUUGUAUAUUAUUUUUACUAUAAUUCUGCAGAGCAUGAACUCCAGAAAUAAUGAAAUGUAUUUUAUUUGGUCUCAGAAUGAACUAAAAGAAGAGCAGAUGAAAUCCCAGCAGAGGAUCCAGGAGAAGCAGAAGAAGGUGCAGGAGCUGAAACAGACUGUGGACACUAUUAAGAAGCGUUCACAGGCAGCAGUAGAUCACAGUGAGAGGAUCUUUACUGAGCUGAUCAGCUCCAUGGAGAAAAAGCGCUCGGAGGUGAUGGAGAUGAUCAGAGCUCAGGAGAAAGCUGAACUGAGUCGAGCUGAACAACUCCUGAAGCAACUGGAGCAGGAGAUUGCUGAUCAUAAGAGGAGAGUCACUGAGCUGGAGCAGCUUUCACACACACACGGUCACAUCCACUUCCUCCAGAGUUUCCCAUCUCUCUGUGUUCCUCCUGGAUGUGAGGACUCACCCAGCUUCACUGUCAAUCUCUCAUUUGAUGGAGUGAGGAAAUCUCUCUCAGAUCUGAAAAAACGAGUCGAGAAAAUCUGUGAGAAGGAAUUCAACAAAAUCCAUCCACAAUCUGCAGCAGUUCCGAUGAUUUUACCCUCAGAACCAAAAAGCAGAGAAGAUUUUCUGCAGUUUUUCUGUUAUCUGACUCUGGAUCCAAACACAGUACAUCAUGAACUCAUUCUCUCUGAGGAGAACAGAGCGGUGACACGCAGUAGGACAAAACAACAAUACUCUGAUCAUCCAGAGAGAUUUGAUUACUGGUGUCAGGUGUUGUGUAAGGAGAGUGUGUGUGGACGCUGUUACUGGGAGGUGGAGUGGAGCGGUGAUGUGUCCAUAUCAGUCUCAUAUAAAGUGAUCAGCAGGAAAGGAGGGGGUGACGAGUGUUUGUUUGGCUACAACAGUCAGUCCUGGAGUCUGGUGUGUUUUUUGUCCUCUGUCUCUUUCUGUCACAAUGACAUUGAGACUGAGCUUCACGGUCCAGCGUCCUCCAGAAUAGGAGUGUAUGUGGAUCACAGUGCAGGAACUCUGUCCUUCUACAGCGUCUCUGACACGAUGAGGCUCCUCCACAGAGUCCACACCGCAUUCACUCAGCCUCUAUACACUGGGUUCUGUAUAGGUUCUUAUGACUCGACUGUGAGAAUAAUGUAAUCCAAUAUGAAAUGUUAGUAAUAGCUUCAGUGGUAAUAUUUUGUACAGAAACAGUAAUGAAUGUAACAGUAAUGCAUUAUUAUUAUUAUUAUUAUUUACAAAAUUAAAUUCAGUAGGAUGUCAGUGCUGUAUAAGCUGACUGCUUUUGACCAGACUUAUAAAAUAUUAAGUAACUUUUUUUAAACUCUGAUGAAUGUAUGUUUACAUGAUGUUUUCAUGUUAAUAAAUCUCAUUAAUGCACAAAAUUUCCAAUAUGAAGCUUGUAAAAAUGUCUUAUAGAAUUCUGUUUUUUUUUUUUUUAAGAAAUAAUAAAACUUAC